CGGGUAUAAGAAAUAGCAACUGUGGAGGUGAUCUGAUGGAUGACGAUGAGAAGGACAGGGCAAAGAGGGCUUCACGCAACAAAUCUGAGAAGAAGCGAAGAGACCAGUUCAAUGUUCUCAUCAAAGAACUCAGCACAAUGCUCCAGGGGUCCACACACAAGAUGGACAAGUCUACUGUGCUGCAGAGGACAAUUGACUUCCUGCAGAAACAAAAAGAACUUUCCGCUCAGACAGAUGCUUGUGAGAUCAGACAGGACUGGAAGCCUUCUUUCCUUAGCAACGAAGAGUUCACACAGUUGAUGUUGGAGGCUUUAGAUGGAUUUCUCAUAGCACUUAGUGUCGACGGAAACAUUAUUUAUACCUCUGACAGUGUUUCUUCCCUGCUUGGACAUUUACCGUCAGAUCUAGUGGACCAAAAUAUAUUGAACUUCCUCCCAGAACAGGAGCAUGCAGAAAUAUUCAAGCUGCUAUCAAACCAGAUGCUGGUGACUGACCAGGUCUCUCAUGACUACUCCAACAAUCAAAGUCACAUUGAAUUCUGCUGUCAUUUAUCAAGAGGGUCCUUGGAUCCAAAAGACACCCCCAUCUAUGAAUAUGUAAAAUUUGUGGGGAAUUUUAAAUUUUACAAUCUGGUGCCUGCAUCAUCCUGCAAUGGUUUUGAAUCGGCCAUUUCAAGGUCAUUUAGAUCCACAGGAAAGGAACAAGUCUGCCUUGUGGCUACAGUACGUCUUGUUAUCCCACAGUUUUUAAAGGAAUUGUGCAAUGUUGAGGAGCCAUGUGAAGAAUUUACAUCCCGUCAUAGCUUAGAGUGGAAAUUUCUGUUUCUGGAUCACAGGGCUCCUCCUAUUAUAGGUUACCUCCCAUUCGAAGUGCUGGGGACGUCUGGCUAUGAUUACUACCAUGUUGACGACCUGGGACUUCUAGCAAGGUGCCAUGAACACCUGAUGCAGUUCGGGAAAGGCAAGUCUUGCUACUAUCGUUUCCUAACAAAGGGACAACAGUGGAUUUGGCUACAGACUCAGUAUUACAUCACCUUUCACCAGUGGAACUCCAAGCCUGAGUUCAUCGUUUGCACUCACAGCGUCGUCAGCUACGCCGAAGUCCGUGCAGAGAGACGGCGAGAACUGGGCCUCAAGGAAACUUCAGCUGAGAUCCUGACUCCACCAGUCCUAAAGAUUCAGGACUGCCACAUGGAGAGCACGCAUUGUGAGUGUGUCCAGGACGUUUCCACAGAGAAGCUCAGUAGCAGUCGACCGUGCUCAGUGUCAUCUCCAAGCUCGUUCAAGUCCUCUCACGAUGCAUUGUCCGACACUCCUUCAACAGCAUCCAAGAUGCUCACUAAAGCAAGCACGCCAUCCAGGCAAUCAGUGAACACUAGUUUACAGGACAAGCUUGUGCAGAGGUCACAGCCAAUCAGCACUCAGGUUUUGAUGACAGAGACACCACUGACCGAAGCACAUCAUCUGCAGUCCGUGCCUCCACCCACCGUCUCCACUCAACAGCCUUCUGUGACCAUGUACCCAUGCUCUGUACAGCUGGGUGUGAUGCACCAGCUGAAGGAGCAGCUGGAGGAGAGGACGCGGAUCCUACAGGCGAAUAUCCAGACCCAGCAGGAGGAGCUCCACCACAUCAAGGAGCAGCUGCAGCUCGUGCAUGAUUCCAACCUCCAGAUGCUGUUUCAAGAGCCCAUUUCCCUCGGGAUGAGCACAUCAGAGCACCAAGUUCAAGGGCAGCAGCAGCCGCCGCCGCCGCAGCCGGAUAUCAUCAUGCAGAAUUCGUUCCUACCCAACAGAACUGAAUCUGAUGUUCAUGGCCAGCAGUUAUCUUCAUCCCAACAACUCCUCAGGGAACCCAGUAUGAAAUCAGUACCGGGAAAGCAGCAGUUCAUGAAAGAAGGGCAAUUUCAGCGAGCCAGUGUGCAAAUUCAGUCACCAAACAACCUGGUUGCACCACUCUUCAGUAAUCCCAUGAUGUUUACUCAGACUACGACAGGGACUUUCCCAGUGUCACUGCCAUCUGACACCAGCCGAAGCCACUCAUGUGCUGGCAAUGGGUCUGACCGACAGCUAAGAUAUAUCCAAGAUCAGCAGAUGCUGACAGCACUAACAAUGCAGCCAAUUAACUGUAGCACAGUCAUUUUGCCAUCUCCAAAUUCCAUGGCUCUGCAGUACCAAGGGUUCCCUCAACACCAGCGAGGCUCCGUUCCACAGCAGCAUGGCCAUCAUUCCAUGACAGUCCAACAACAACACCAUUACCUUCAGCAAGUGGUGCCAAGUAGGAUGACGCAGGGCUGCCAAUCCCAGCCACUCUUCCUGCCCUCAACUCAGCAUGUGAACCUGGAAUACCUCUCGCAACACCAUACCCGCGGAACACAGAGCAGCGCGGGCACCCGCUCGGACUUGUCCCACAUCCAGCUGCCACGGCACUACAGGGGACCCUUGGGAGCGACGUGGCAAACCCUCCCGCGAGCGGUCACUCAAACCCCUCUGCACCCCCGAACCAUCUGGCUCUCGUUCAGGCCCCACAUCCUCUCCUUCCGCACCCUGCGGUACAACCGACUGCCCAUCACCAACCCCCCUUACCCUGUCUAA